AACAAGCCCUUCAUAUUUUGUGACAAAAAACCUUAUAAUACAUGAUAAUACUAUAAUUGAUAACAAAUUAACUUUAUUGAGAGUGUGUUAUCAGUUUAUCAUCACAUCAAAUAUGACAGACCACCAAAAUGGCAAAAUAUGUAUACGUUAAUAGUUAAAACUUACGUCUUAAGCUAGUUACACAUAUAGUUAUAGUUCAUCGUCGAGACUACAACGUUAGAUUAUAAUAUAUUAUAGCUUAAAUAAAUGGUAAAUAUUAAAUGUAUUUUAAGCAAAAAAUGUACUCUCGGACUUUUUUUGUCUUAAAAUUUAUCAUACGACUUCAAUAAUCAGCUGCUUACCGAGAAAAAUGUUUUAUUUUCUUUGUGUUAGCUGUUAAUGUACAUGACAACACACUUAACGAACACAAAUGCCAUCUCUAAAUCUCUUUUUAGUGUUAUUAACAUUGUGACAAUAGUAAGAACCCAUGUGACAACUAACCCCGCGCGGUCUCUCCUACACGGUGCCAUGCCUUUAUUUCAGUUUUAAUUGGAGGGGCCCCAGAAGGAGAAACCUUUUUUGAAAGCCCACAUUACAAAAGAAUAUACGAUCGCUAGCUGUUUUAUCUCACUACAAUUCCCAUCUAACAUAAUAAUUUUAAUAUGUCGGGUAGGCAAAACAGCCUAACUUUAUUCAAAACGCGUUGGAAACUUACUUAAAACUAUUAUAUUAAUGUAAUAUUGUGGUACCUUGCUCAUUUUAGAUUUUUCCAGAAGGUUCGAACAAAUUAAAAUUCAAUACUAAACACAACUGCUAAAAUGUUACUGAAAAAUAAUGAAUAUUAUUAAGAUAAGAAUUUCUCAGUGCCUUCAUAAUAUAUUAUUACAUUUCCUUAUAAUUAUAAAAGUAGGCAUGGUAGUCGUCAGGUAUAGCUUUUAAAAUAUCAAAAAGGUGAAAAUGUCCCCCCACUAAAUUCCACCAUUACAUAACAAUAUAAUAUGGGUUAUCUAUUAUAUAGUUAUUGCAGCGUAUUACUUAUCAACUGCAGUUACUUGUUAUAGAUUUAGUUUUAUUGAUCUUAAAUUCUUAAGCAUCGGCAACGUUGGCUUUUAGAUUUUUGUAGGGGGUUACAGUUGGUUUAGGAACACUACUUGUAUGCGGGGUGAGGAUUUGACACUAAAAACAAAACUAACGACGUCGGCCGUUGCUUGACCUCAGAACACGUUAGUGGCUGAUGUAAACCACCUAGCCACACCACGCACCUAUAUUUAUUUAUUAUUUAUUAUUAUAUUAUAUUUGUAUGAAAUAAAAUCAACGAUUAUGCACAUUAAAUGCGUCGCGAAGGUGAUCACUCUACUGCUGGCACUCAAGACUCGGUACCCGGAAAACGUUCACCUGCUCCGAGGGAACCACGAGUGCCGUACCGUGAACGUCCGGUACGGGUUCUACGGUGAGUGUCGGUCCCGGUACGGCCUGCUCACGGGCGCACGGCUGUGGCGAGCGUUCAACCGGACGUUCGACUGCAUGCCUGUGGCCGCGGUCAUCGGCGGCCUAAUAUUCUGCACGCACGGCGGCCUCAGCCCGGAUCUGCACCACAUAGCUCAGAUCGACCGGAUCCGAAGGCCCGCCACGGUGCCCAGGCGCGGUGUGCUGUGCGACCUGCUGUGGUCCGAUCCGGCAACAGGCCCGAUCCAGGGCUGGCGCAAGAACGUUCGCCGGAACGUGUCGUACGUGUUCGGCGCCGACCGGGUGACCGAUUUCCUGUCCAGAUUCCGGUUCAAGUUGGUGGUCAGGGCUCAUCAGUGCGUGGAGGGAGGUUACCAAUUUUUCGCGGGCCGGAAGCUAGUGACCGUGUUCAGCGCACCCGAUUACAAUGGAUACGGUUUGCCGGGCGCCGUCAUGUCUGUGAACAAACACGUCAAAUGCACUUUCCAGCUGAUACCAGUUGCAGGAGGAGCAGCACAGAACAAACGUUGGAUUGCAGGGCGAAGGACGGCCAGUAAAAUACCAAAAUAAUCCUGUUGAACUGCAGCGUGAAGGCGAUUUUUAAGAUGACGCGUUAACCUGCAGCUGGACAUGAGAUCUCAGAAUCCUUCAUUUUUAAAUUUUUUACAGCAGGUGAACACUGAAAGAUAUAUCACGUGGUAUCGAAGGCCACGAAAGAAAGAAAAGAAAUAUAUUUUUUAGAAAAUCUAAUAAACUUUUUUAACAUACAUUGUCGCUUGCUGCAUAUAAUAAUAUGUGCAUCGGAAUCCUAAUUAAAAAGAUUUUCGUUAUUAUUAUAUCCAUAAUAUACUAUCGUGCAGCGCGGAUAAAAGACGGCACUACGAUGAUCAUCCAUUGUAUAUUUUAAAAGCUCUACGCUGAGUGGUUUGGCGUGAGUCUGAUCAUCUCCCUCCGGCUGGGGUGCUAAGCGUAUGACUAUCGACCCUGUCUAGAGACACGUUUGAGAGUUUUAUUAUAAUAUGUACAUUGUACCUAUAUGUAGAAAAGUAUACGGCCAAAGUCAUAAAAUAUGACUGAAAUGAGAUGCACCACAAUAUUUAUAAUGUUUUGCAAGAUAUUUCAAAAUAUUUGGUUGGGAGGUAUGCAGAAAAACUGGAGUGAAAACGGCGAUUGUUCUAUUGCAUUAAAAAAGCAGGCAAUAUUAAAGUAUUAUAGCAGUUAUGGAAGAUAUCGUUGUAUCGAUUAACGGUACAAUAGGUAGAGGGAUUAUAUUUUGUAAUCUAUUAUUAGUUAUAAAACUGGAUGUAAAUAACAUUCCUG